AUGUUCGCCCGGUUCUACGCGACCAAGAAGUUCACCGAGUCGCACGAGUGGGUGGAGGUCGAGAACGGCAUUGCCACUGUCGGCAUCACCGACUACGCCCAGCACGCGCUCGGCGAUGUCGUCUAUGCUGAGGUUCCGGAGGUCGGCGACUCGUUCGAGCUCGGUGACUCGGUUGGCGUCGUUGAGUCCGUCAAGUCCUCCUCGGACAUUGUCACGCCCGUGUCUGGCGAGGUUGUCGAGGCCAACGAGGCCGUCACUGCCAACACCAAGCUGAUCAACAAGGCCGCCGAGACCGAUGCCUGGCUGUACAAGAUCAAGCUGUCCAACGAGGAGGAGCUCGGCCAGCUGCUGGACAAGGACGCCUACGCUAAGCUCACCGAGGGUGAGCACUAA